AUGGCGGGCGGAUACGCCAUUCUGAUUCAUAAUCAAUGUUCUGUCGUUGACGUCGCCGCCCUUACGGGUGGCGACUCCGACGGAGUUGUCUCACAUUCCAUUGCCUUGUGGAGCGGCGUCGCUGCCUUUAUCAUUUGGGACUGGCCCAGCUGGCGCAAUUGGAAUCCACAAUUGCUGAGACUGAGUGGGAUUGGUCCUGCUAAGCAUCUGAAGGCGCAUGGAAUCAACGUGGUUUUGGAUCAGCCAUGGGUGUUGCUCGAAAAUCACGGCCUCACGCUCUCUCUGCUUCCCUUCCUCAAGCGCUUUCUCUCUCGGAACAUUCUCCCUCCGCUCUCCCUUGAUAUGCUGUUUCUCUCUGGGAUUUUUUUCGCCGCCUAUCUAUUUUGGGUUGCAACAGAGCCAAACACUUCUAUCGGUGGUGUACGCAUUUCCUUCCAGCAGACUGUUCUUCGCUCUCGCCUUCUCACGUUGAUAGCGUGUGUUUGGCUGGAUGUGGCAAUUCUUGGAAUUUAA